CUUCUGUAUUGAGAGAGAGAGAGAGAGAGAGAGAGAGAGAGAGAGAGAGAGCUUAAAGAAAGUGAAGAAGAAAUUUCUGGGAAUUUGGGGAAAUGGCAAAUUCCAGUUCGCCGCCGGAAACAGCUGAUCAACCAACGAUCCCAGAGCUUGAGACACUCAUGAAAUCAAUCAAAGAUGUCCCGAACGAAGCCUUCGAUCAGGCGCUGAACAUCUUCUUGGCUCUAAAGGACAUCAAGUUCAAUCGACCAGUGAUGGGGCUUAAAAAGCCUGAUAACGGUUCCAUUCUCCUGAAUCGCCAUGAACUAAUUUCAUUGCGGAAUAUGGAUGAGGCUAUCAUGUUAGUCAAUAGCAUGCUCCUUAAACUGCUCGACAACAUCUUUUCCCCGUCAAUAUCCGAGCAGAAAAUGGCAAUCAAAGUGCUCCGUAAGCUCAUCCAGCAGGCAACCUCCGUCAGGGUCCUCUUCGGGGAGAACCCACAGACGAUCCAUAUAUUUCUAUCACUUCUGCUGAAGGCCUACACCAAUCUCCAACCAGAUGCACAAGAAGAUGUCGUGCCAAUGAUCUUGAGCAUCUCUAUACGCGGCGACAAGUGCAAUAAGAUAGUGGGGAAGAGUCCUGAUGCCAUCGCUUUGCUCAUCAAGGCCUUGAGGACAGGAAGCAUGGAUAGCAGGAGACAUGCAUUCACAGCCAUUCUCAAUACCAACAAGGCCAUGCUCGUUGAGUCAGGUGUUAUGGAGGCCCUCGUUAAAAAUGGAGUGCUGCCAGUAAUUCUUAGCAUGAUCAUCAAAGGAAAGCUUGUGGUAGAGAUGUUGGAGUUUCUUGAGAUUCUGUCGAGUAAUCAGGAGGCCCUCGAUACAAUGGGUAAGCUGGGGGCUGUGCCUUGGUUGCUGCAAGUCAUCAGGGAUAGAAGAACUCGUUAUGUUGGGGAGUACACAGCUAACAUUCUCUAUUCCAUCUGUAAAAAUGAUCAGACCUGGUUGAGUGAGAUCCGGGAAGAAGAGGCCGCCAAAUGUACCUUCUCACAGCUAGCAAACAGUGGAGACCCAUGGCCUUGGGGUGCCAGUAACAUCCUUGAAAUGUUGAAGACCACCCCCCACAACAACUGAAUUCUCAUCCAUGUGAUCUGAAGAAACUUGUAGCUAGUUGUUUUCCAGCAUGUGCACAUUGAUCUGAUUCAAUGCAGUGUAUGUUCGACCUGAGAACUACAUAUUCAACCCCCUUGGCCCACCAUUCACUUGCCCUCCUGUAUCAGGUUCAGGUGAGCCAAGAGUCUUUCUUCAUCGUGAAUGCUUUAUGAGCUUUCGUGCUUACAUCAGAUUCUACUACUGUAAGGUUUUAGCCUUUAUAUGACAUGAUAUUGUUUCAGCA